UGGUAUCUAGCUAGAUGGGUAAGAUAUCCAGCAGCGACGCCCUAUCUACAUCCGACGUCUCGGCAGUUCUAGACUAGUUGCAUACUGAUGGCGAUGCGCUCGCAUAUAAAUAUCUAGCGCGUCCAUCCAUUUCAAUUUAGCAACCUCCUCCAGUAUACUUACUGCUAUGCCCAAGACUGGACACGUCGCCCGCUGAAGCCAGCAGACGGAGGCUCGCUCUCAGCCCCCAAGCAGAUUGGCCACGCUCGCACCCGAAAAAAAACGGGAGAGAUCGCCAACGACUCGAAGACGACACACCACAGCGGAACUCACCUCAGAAAAAACAACAGAGAGCAGGGGCCUGCGCUCCUUGUUUUCGCUUCAAACACGCGUCCGGACGCUACAAAAAGAGAGCCUGAAAGGCUGCAGAGCCCUUCACACGUGGCUGCCCCUUUCAUGAGCAACAACAAAAAACGGAAACUGUUGCUUUUGUUGAAUUUUCUUCACUUCGAGCGUACAAAUGCGCCGCCAUAUUGCCCGGCUUCGCCUCAUUUUGCUGGAUCAAGACUCUCCUGGCAACCCGUGGCAACCCGUUCCAGAUUUGGAACCCCUGCGCUUCGGCAACCCGCGCAACCCGUUGCAACUCCAGCAAGCCGAAGCCCGUUAUUUAUAUCUACCUUAUACUCUAUUAUAAUAACGGUUUAGGCGUGAGAUAUGUGCCAGCAGGUUUAAUGGAGAGAGCAGAGGAAGUUAGAAAUGAGAUGGAAACUAAGAUGAGAUGAGGCGCAGAGAACAACGAUUUCUCUACUAAGCGUCUACAUGAGAGUUAUGGAAUCUACUUAAAUAGCCUUAAGGAAGAGAGAGAGAGAGAGAGUGAAGAACUAGUACUAGUAGGAAAUAGUAGUAUGAAUUGGCAAACCGAGAUAGAUGAAAAAUGAGAAAGGAGAAAAAACAGGAAAAAACACCGAGACGAGGGGGGGCCAGGGAUAUGCAAAUGAGGGCCCAUUGCAUGCAUAUCUACCACUGCGUAAAGCAGCCCUCAUCGACCGACAACCGCAUUGAAAUUAUAAUAAAAAUUUAUCAUAGGUUAAAUUACAUUUACUACAACAUCAACAUCUAACGAAUCAAUGCUCCGCCUCAGUACUUACUACGAUAGUCUCGUGUCUUGAACUACUCUGGAAGUGCGAGGCUCUGCCUAUUAUCAUCUUCCAUCACAUCUAUGUACGAUUUUUGACUUUUUUCACUUGUCUCCUCAACUACAACUAGUACAGCUUUACGUUUAGGUUUACAGCCAAGUACUCCCUCACGGAAUACGAAGUAGAGGAAGAUGCCAUUGUAGGUUUAGAAGUACUCCAAGAAUGUCCAUGAUUUUUCUACUUGUCGAGCGAUGAAGGAGCGGUCGAGAGAGCAAGUGGGACGAGACGCGCUCUCAUCUCUCGUACACUCAAGUGCCAGUCUGUCACGGAGAAAGAAAGGACGAGCACGCAACAAGAGUAGUGAGAAACGAAGUCAAUAGAUUAGUUGUUAAAGUAAUAGAUGCCUCAGACACCCCUUGACGUCCCAACCCCCAGGCAUCCUGGUGGGGAUGCACUUGGGGGGUGGAAGCUCACAUCUUCAGCAGGCCACCACGCUAAGCACGACCAAGAAUACCGGUUCACCGAACCUAGCCCUGCAGAAGAUCGCAUCCAAACCCCCCAAGAACCACGCGUGGCCUUAUUUUAAAGGCCACAAGGUUCAAAUUGAAAUAGCUAGAAAAGCAUAGAAGCAAAGCGAAAAGCAUCGCGGGACUGGGCCUUCUUUCUCUCAACAUGUCAUUUAUUUUCUAGCUAAACUGAGUAACGUGACCACAUCCCUCAUGGUUUCUCGUUUUCUAUACAACGGGGUAGUCGUAGUUAGGCUACCUGUGAUUCUGUGUUUUUCGUUUAUGUUACACAUAGUGAUUCGAUAUCUAACUAUUCAAAUCCGAUGGAUCUUGUUGGGGUGAACUGAGGCUAAUGGGCUUUCCUUUUCUAGUUCAAUGUCCCAACGUUGGCUUUUCCCUAGAAGUUCUUUCAACAUGGAAGUAAAGGGUCACGGCAAGUGUUGUCCACUACUUCAUACAACGACGUCCAUUAAAUGAACCAGGGGGGCAGCCUCACCUGACACAUCACACGAAGUUGGAU